AUGGCCACCGCAACAGGACUCUCCCCAUCACCAGCAAUAAACCUCUCGUCCAACGACGCCACUGUCCUACAGGCGCUUUUCGACGCUGAAUCGUCAGCUUCUUCAUCUACUCUCGCCAAAAUCGACAGCUUCCUUCCGUCGUUCCCGUCAAUAUCAGACCACAAUUCAACGAUCCGGUCUAUCAAGCAGCGCGAACUCGCGAUUAUACGACGCAUUCAGAAUGCCACGGACAAUGAAAAGCUCUCAGUGGUGGACGAAGCAAUCACAGAACUCGGCGGUUUGAUCAGUGAAGCGCCAGAUUACCCUCCGCUGUACGCGAAUAGAGCGCAGGCGCUGCGCAUGCAUAUCCAAGCAUCAUCUGCUGCUGCUGCUGCUGCUACGAAUUCAGAGUCUGAUAAUAGCAACACCGAAGACAAUGCAAUUUUCUCUGUUACAUACGCAGAUAUUGCAACCAGGUUAUGGUCCGACCUCACCCAGGCCAUCACUCUCUCCACCCCUGCACAACAAACAUCCAGCGUUUCCCCCGCCCAAGCGCGUCUCCUCUCCAACGCACACACGCAUCGCGGGUAUAUCCUUCUCAAAGCUGCCAAAAUCCGCAAGGACCAAAACCCAGAAGAUACAAAAAUAGGUGGAGGAGGACCACAGCAGCUACGCAAUAUCGGCACGCGCGACGAGCUGGAGGAGAUGGCGAGUCGGGAUUUUUUCCAGGCGGGAAGGUAUGGCAAUGAUGUUGCGCGCGAAGUAAGUGUGCAGACGAAUCCGUAUGCAAAGCUGUGUGGGACGAUAGUUAAGGAGGCGUUGAGGAAGGAGAUGGAGGAGUUUCAAUAG